UCGCCGCUACAGCCGGGUAGGCGUGCGGGGCUUUCCGCGCGGUCCUAGCGCCCACCAUCGCGCGCGUCCUACUUCUCAGUCCAGGACUAGUGCUCCUCGCCUGCCCUCUGCUGCCCCGUGCCAGCGACUCCCCUCUGCGCCAUGCGGCACGCGCCCCCGCUGGUCCUCCUCUCCUUGCUUGCCCUGUGCGGGCGCGGUAACAGUCGCCUGGCCAACGCCGAAGAGAAGCUGAUGGAUGACCUGCUGAACAAAACCCGCUAUAACAACCUCAUCCGCCCCGCCACUAGCUCUUCACAACUGGUCUCCAUCAAGCUGCAACUGACCCUGGCCCAGCUCAUCAGCGUGAAUGAGCGAGAGCAGAUCAUGACCACCAAUGUCUGGCUGAAGCAGUGCUGGACUGACUACCGCCUGGCCUGGAACAGCUCCCGCUAUGAGGGUGUGAACAUCCUGAGGCUCCCGGCCAAGCGCAUCUGGUUGCCAGACAUCGUGCUCUACAACAAUGCCGAUGGAACCUAUGAAGUGUCUGUCUACACCAAUGUGGUGCUCCGCUCCAACGGCAGCAUUGAGUGGCUGCCCCCUGCCAUCUACAAGAGUGCCUGCAAGAUUGAGGUCAGGCACUUCCCCUUUGACCAGCAGAACUGCACCCUCAAGUUCCGCUCCUGGACCUACGACCACACAGAGAUCGACAUGGUCCUGAUGUCGCCCACGGCCAUCAUGGAUGACUUCACGCCCAGUGGCGAGUGGGACAUUGUGGCCCUCCCUGGUCGGCGGGUGGUGGACCCCCUGGACCCCAGCUAUGUGGACAUCACCUAUGACUUCAUCAUCCGGCGCAAGCCGCUCUUCUACACCAUCAACCUCAUCGUGCCCUGUGUGCUCAUCACCUCUCUGGCCAUCCUGGUCUUCUACCUGCCAUCCGACUGUGGUGAGAAGAUGACGCUGUGCAUCUCCGUGCUGCUGGCCCUCACCUUCUUCCUGCUGCUCAUCUCCAAGAUUGUGCCACCCACCUCACUCGAUGUGCCCCUCAUCGGCAAGUACCUCAUGUUCACCAUGGUACUGGUCACCUUCUCCAUUGUCACCACGGUGUGCGUGCUCAAUGUGCACCACCGCUCGCCCAGCACGCACACCAUGGCGCCCUGGGUCAAGCGCUGCUUCCUGUACAAGCUACCCACCUUCCUCUUCAUGAGGCGCCUGGGCCUAGACAGCAGCCUGGCCGAGGCUCCCCAACCCGGCCAGCCACACCAAACUAGGACAGAGGCUGUUGCUGGCUCCACUAACCUCUACAGCAACUCCAUGUACUUUGUGAAUCGUAGUCCGGCUGCACCCAAGUCCCUAGCCGGCUCACACACCACGGAUGUUGCCAAGGAUUUCUGGCCGAUGUCCUCUGGGAGGUGUGGGCAAGAUGUUCGUGAGGCAUUGGAGGGGGUCAGCUUCAUUGCCCAGCACAUGGAGAGCGACGAUCGGGACCAGAGUGACACCACUGGAGGCCCCACACUGGCAGUGGAGAUCCUCAGAGCCCAUGAGGACCAGCAUCAAGACCCUUGGAGGGACUUGGGGUACUUACCACCAGUGCCUGUUCCCAUAUGCUGACUGUAGCUAGGGUCGUUAGCAUGCCCACACACCUCAGCUUUGCCAUUUGCCCAGAGCAGGCAGACUGGGUGCCAGAGAAAGCCCGGGGCAGAGAAGAGGAGAGGAAAGUGGUCCCUGAGGAGACCGUCAUGGGCUGAAAGAGAGCUCUGCAGCCUCUCGGGAUGUAGGUGGUGGGUGCCACACUAGCUUUCAUGGGUGUAGUACCAUCGUGUGAAAUAUUAUUGCUAGCAGAUAAGAAACAGUGAAGUGGCUGACAAAAAGUAUCCUAAAAUGAGCUUAAAUUCACACUCACAGGGCAAAGCCAUAGAUAAGUAAGAGUAAAACCAGGUCGGUUUUAUACCUGAACACAGGACACAGUAGUCGUGGCUGGAAAUCUUCACCCUUGUUUUCAUCCCAGACAGAACCAAGUGCUACAGUCAUGUGCACUGCCUCACUUCCACACAGACCAGAUCAGAUCCUCUGGACAGGUUUUGACAGCACAACGCGCGGCCUCCCCUCCCCUUCCAGCUGCAUGCAGAAAAAAGGACAUUCCCUCAUUCUUGUCUUUUCUGCUGUGCCAUCACCAGCUGUACUCUCAAGGGAAAGCUCUGGUCAUCUGUUAGUUAGCACAGCUGGAAAAACACAGGCCGGGAAAACUCCACGUCCCACAGAGCAAGGAGAGAACCGUGAACAGAAGGAAUCUAGGGCAUGAGGUUUUCAUCCACGCUCCCACUGCUGAGGGUGUAGACAUUGGGCCAGCAGCGUUGCACCGCCUGUGGCUUUCUAGAAGCCUGAACUCUCAGGCCCACCCCAAACCCCUGACGGAACCCAAAGGAGCCCUCUAGGUGUACCCCAGAUAAUAGGAGCUCUGGGCACUAUUAGGUUGAGAAGCAGCUACAUAGGAUUUCACCUUCUGAAAAGUUGAUUUGGUUGUGCUCUUCUUUUUCUCCUUGUACUGGGAACUGAGCCCAGGGCCUUUUCACUGAGCUACAUCCCCAGAUGUUUUUAAUUUCUUUUAUUUUGAGACAGGCCCAGGCUGGGCUCUAAUUUGUGCUCCUCCUGCCUCAGCCUUCUAGAAUGCUGGGAUUACAGGCGUGUACCAUCACACCUGGCUUGAUCAUGCUCUUCUUUAGUUGAAAAUCAGAUGGGACUUUAACAUUACCUAAUCCAUUGGCCCCCAAACAUUAAAGGGCAUACUGGUACCCUGCUGGCUAACUCAGAACCACAGAAACACCUUCAAGGCAGCCUACUGGGCUGUGCCAGCACCUCAGGGGAAGUGUCUUGGAGACGCGUUUCUAACUGGAUCCCUGGCGACACACGUGCACAAGCCAGUCUGAAAAGCACUGGCCCCACACCCUGGCGGAGCAGGCACCCAUCAUGAGCACUCUCUUCUAGAGGUCUCUACAGCCCCAAGCUUGACUCAUUUUAGCCUCUGAGGAAGGAGCCUGGCAGGAUGCAACCCUGAGAGCCAGAAGCAGCUAUAUAGCUCCAAAUUAGCACCAGGCGCUCUGCCAGAAGUAGACGUUGCCUCACUUCUAAUCCCCUAGAAGCCGCAUUUACAGUGUGUUUGGGAGAUAUUUCUUGAAGGGGUCACACAACUGGUACCCAGCAGAGCCAGGCUGUACACCAGGUAUUCCCAUCAUCAUUAGUCUCUCUCAGGCUGGCCCUGAACUGAGCACACUGGCUGACAGACAUCUUCUAUGUCCUUAAAGAAGUCCGUCCCCCAUGGGGCAUAGGACCCACCCAUCAGGGCCAGGCACUAUUCCUCAUCUCUAACACCUUCCCCCUCCCUGGUGAAUAACUGAUUACUGUAAAUAGAAGUAUAAAAAGAGGGGGAAACCACACAGGCAAGCCAUUUGGAAGUAAAGCUGUCAAGAAGAGACCUGGGCAAGCCAGGCAUGGUUGAGGAAAGCACUCUGAAGUGCUGCCACCUCUCAGGGAUGGGUGCCUGACGUGUUUGGUGGGGUGUUGAGGGGUGGUUUGACACAGGACUGUCCUGUAGGGUAGACACGCACCAGGGAGGGGGCCUUGAAAAAUCAGGUUACUGAUGUCAGCCUGCACGUGCUGCCCUCAUUUCCAGCUCCAGAGCUGCUGGAGAGCCUUGUAGGCCAGAGGUUGGUGAGCUCAGGCUCUGCACUUGGCCUCUCUGGGCAUCGCCCCCUAGGCUAAGGAUGGAUGCAGGCACAUCUAUAGCGACACCUCUGCAAGCCAGCUGCAUUUCAGCCAAGACCACACCUCAUAGAAGGACCUGAGAGGAAAACAGAGAGAGAGGAAGAGAGAGAGAAACAGAGAGAUGGGGGAGGGGCAGAUAAAGCCAGAUGAUGAGGCUGGAGGAUGCUGAGCCUUAAUUAUAGGAAACAGCAGGCACUGCUGUGAACAGAAUUGCACAAAUCAAAGAGCACCAUCUCCAAGUGGUUAUGCAAGCACCCAGUGCCCAGCCUAGUAAAUAGGGAGACCCCAAAUCUUCCUCUGCAUAGAGUGGGCUGGUGCCAAAAAUGGGAGGAAGGGGCCUUGCAUUCCUCAGGCUCAUCCUGCUUUAUUUGUAGACAAAUUGGGCUUUUGAAAUCCCAAAUUGGUGGUAUAAGCAGUCCUCUAUCUUCUGGUUCUACAUCCGUGGAUUCAAUUGUGUGUUCAAAAUAUUCAGAAAAAUAGCCUGUAUUGAUUGUAUGCAGGCCCUUUGCUUGUUAUUCCUUAAACAAUGCAGCAUAGCAACUAUUUAGUCAGCAUCUAUGGUGUACCAGGUGUCCUAAGUAUUUAGAGAGAAUCAGAGUACACGUGAGGGUAUAUGGGUUAUGUGCAUAUAGUAUCACCGUCUGUGUGAAGGACCUGAGUAUCGUUGGAUUUUGGGGACCCACAGGAUCAGAAGGACUAUGGGUUCAUGAGCCCUUCCAGUCCUAGGUUUCCUGUGUAGGUUAAACUCCUGGUGGCUCUUGGGUGGGGUCCAGAGGGGCACAGAGUUGCCAACUGAGGCCAGGCUAGGAUAUGGGAUUUGCCUCACUGGUGCACGGUUCAAGCCCAUACAUAGCUGCUAGGGCCCCCGCCCAAAUGCCAAGGGCCAGGUCAGGGAGGGCAGGAUCCCAAUGCAGCACUGAUAAUCAGUUCCUCU